CGUGCCCCCGCCCGCCCAGGGUUGCCCGCGGCCGCCGCGGCAUUGGCCAGCUCCGGGAGCCCCGCUGGUGGGCGCAGAGAACCGCACGGCUGCCGUUUCCCCCACCGGGGGGAGGGAAGUGCGGGCUUGGAGGGCUUGGCUCCCGGAGGGGUCCCCCCGCCCUCCUCCUCCUCUUCUUCCUCCUCCUCCUCCUCCUCUCAGCUGGGCGCUGUCCUGCUGACUGUGGCGCUUGACCCGCCGGCAUGGUUGCGAGCGCAGGUAAUGAGCCGGGCAAGUGGCAAAGGAAGUGCUCUGCGGAGCUCGGAGGCGCGCUGCUCGGAGCCCAAGAGAAGGCGGGCGGCCCUUGGCUGGCGAGCAGCUGCUCCUCGGAAGAUGUCGACCUACAAGCGGGCCACGCUGGACGAGGAGCGGCUGGUGGAGACCCUGGAUGAGGAGGGCGACCCCCAUGGCAUCCAGGUGAAUUUCCACGGCUCAGGCGGCAGGAGGAGCUGCUGGGUGGGGCGGACGCGCCUGGAGAAGGGCCUCCUGGUCCUGGCCGGGGCUCUGGGGCUCAGCCUCCUGCUCUGUGUCUCCAUCCUACUGCUCCAAUACCGAACCCGGCCGUGCCUGACGGAGUCCUGCAUCUCAGUGACCAGUGCUAUCCUGAACUCUAUGGACCAGACCGCGGACCCUUGUGAGGACUUCUUCCGCUAUGCCUGUGGUGGCUGGAUCAAGACCAACCCCCUGCCCGACGGCCACUCCCGCUGGGGCACCUUCAACAAGCUCUGGGAGCACAACCAGGCUGUCAUGAAGCACCUCCUGGAGAACAGCACGGCCAGCACGCAGAGCGAGGCAGAACGCAAAGCACAGCGCUACUAUCAGUCCUGCAUGAACGAGACCAGGAUCGAGGAGCUGAAGGCUGAGCCUCUGAUGGACCUGAUCCGGAAGCUGGGGGGCUGGAACGUCACUGGCCCCUGGGAGGAGAGCAGCUUCAACCAGACCCUGCUGUCCCUGGCCGCGUACCACCUCUCCCCCUUUUUCUCCCUCUACGUCAGCGCUGACUCCAAGAACUCCAGCAGCAACAUCAUUCAGCUUGACCAGUUGGGCCUGGGCUUGCCUUCCAGGGAUUUUUAUCUGAACAAAACCCAGAAUGAGAAGGUCACUAGCUACCUGAACUUCAUGGUGCAGCUGGCGAUGCUGCUGGGGGGGCAGGAUGAAGCCGCUGUUCGGCAACAGAUGCAGCAGGUCCUGGAUUUUGAGACCGCCUUGGCCAACAUCACCACCCCCCAGGAGAAGCGUCGGGACGAGGAGGCCAUCUACCACAAAGUGACGGCCAGGGAUCUCAAGGGCCUGGCUCCUGUUGUUGACUGGCUGCCCCUCCUUAAUGCCGUCUUCUACCCGGUGGAGAUCAACGAGUCAGAGCCGGUGGUGGUUUAUGCCAAAGAAUACCUGGAACAAGUCUCACGCCUCAUUCUCACCACAGACAAGUGCCUCCUGCACAACUACAUGAUUUGGAACCUGGUGAGGAAGACGUGCCUCUUCCUGGAUCAGCGCUUCCAAGAUGCCGAGGAGAAGUUCAUGGAGACCAUGUAUGGGACCAGGAAGACCUGCCUGCCCCGCUGGAAGUUCUGCAUCAGUGACACAGACAACAACCUGGGCUUCGCGCUGGGAGCCAUGUUUGUGGAAGCCACCUUUGCAGAGGACAUCAAGGCCCAGGCAGAGGAAAUGAUUACGGAGAUCAAGGCAGCCUUCGAGGAGAGCCUGGCAACUCUGCAGUGGAUGGACGAAGAGACAAGGAGAGCGGCCAAGGAGAAGGCGGAGGCCAUCUACGACAUGAUCGGCUACCCCAAGUUUAUCUUGGACCCCAAAGAGCUGGACAAAGUCUUUGCAGAUUACAAUGCCGUGCCUGACCUCUACUUCGAAAACGUCAUGCAGUUCUUCAACUUCUCCGCCCGUGUCGCAGCUGACCAGCUCCGGAAGCCCCCCAAUCGUGACCAGUGGAGCAUGACACCCCCGACUGUGAACGCGUACUACUCUCCGACCAAGAACGAGAUUGUCUUCCCGGUGGGGAUCCUGCAGGCUCCCUUCUACACCCGCAGCUCCCCCAAGGCACUCAACUUCGGAGGAAUUGGCGUUGUGGUGGGCCAUGAACUGACCCAUGCCUUUGACGAUCAAGGCCGUGAAUAUGAUAAGGACGGCAAUCUCCGCUCCUGGUGGAAGAAUUCCUCGGUGGAGGCUUUCAAGCACCAGACGGAGUGCAUGGUGGCCCAGUACGGCAACUACACCCUCAACGACGAGGCUAUCAACGGCAGGCACACCCUGGGGGAAAACAUCGCUGACAAUGGGGGACUCAAGGCUGCCUAUCUGGCCUAUCAAAACUGGGUGGAAAAAAACGGGGAGGAGACAACCCUGCCGACCCUCGGCCUCACCAGCCACCAGCUCUUCUUUGUGGGCUUUGCUCAGGUCUGGUGCUCCGUGCGCACCCCCGAGAGCUCCCACGAAGGGCUGAUCACUGACCCUCACAGCCCCUCCCGCUUCCGAGUCAUCGGCACCGUCUCCAACUCGAGGGCGUUCUCGGAGCACUUCCGGUGCCCGGUGGGCUCCCCGAUGAACCCCCGACAGAAGUGUGAAGUCUGGUGACUUCUGGGUCCAGCAAGGCAGAGCAUCUGGCAGAGGAGAACAGCACCAGCGGCGCCCGCCCGCCCGCUCACUGGGGCACGUGUCUUUCAGGAAGCAAAGCGGACCCAGCACUUUGUGGGUGGAGAGGAACGGCUCCCCGGCCCACCUUCCGGAGCACCAUCUUCAGGCACCGCUGGCCGACAGACACACUUUGUUUAUGCAGGGAAACAGGAGCCGCUGUCAAGCACAGCCUCCGCUCUGGUCCAGCUGAUUUAAAGGGAGGAUUUUGCUGUUCCCAUUUCACACAACCCAGAAAUGUGUGUGGAUACCAAAAACCUGUUUUAAGAUGUACUUUGGGGGAAUUUUUUUUAAAAAAACAAAUCUUGUGGAACACUGGAAACUUCAGGGAAAAAUCUAUUGAAGUGUUUUUUUAUAUAAUAUAUAUAUCUAUAUCUGUAGUAAAA